GUUUUGGUCCUCCCUCCAUGCCAACAUUUGCUCGUUCACCGAUAUCAGGCCUCAGAAUCCCUCAUCCUUCUAAGACUUACGUUUGGAGAUGUACACUAUGUUCUAUUUUUGGACUCAGUAUUGUCUAUGGUUGACCGGAGGGCCACGAUGAUUUAACGAAGUUGCGUCGAUCCCAUCUACUUCGGACAUCUUUGAAACAUCCAGCUUGCACUUGCUUGAUUGGAGCCUUGCGCUUCCAUCAUGAAGGUCGUCCCCGAAGAGACCGAGUAUGCCGAGUACCCCAUGAGAAAUAUCAGUGAUCAAAACGAAACAUGUAGAACACACCUUUCCUAAGGACUAUUGCACCGAUGAAUACAUCCAGUGAUUGACAGCUCAUCUCAACAUCAACUAACAACGCUGGCUUAACACACAUCGUUAAAGUCCCAGUGGUAUAAGCUUCGUACUCCAGACCUUUUCUUGGCGAUCUGCGAUGAUUACGGAGCGAGUCAUCCCGGACAAAGAGUCCGACUAUCUUUAAAAAAAAAACAGGUAUGACUGAGCGGAAUUUUCUGUCAUACAAAUGGCUAGGGACCUGUUGACAUCACGAAAUAAUGAUAGCCUGUAGCGCACAACGAGGGCGUUAUCAGAGACACAAGGAUGACCAGCAGGUCAUGAGGUGAACCGCAAGCCGACGCUGCAACCUGACGCUAGAACGAGGCACGGUAUAAAUACCACUGCGUCGGAUUCGCACAAUGUUGAACGCUUUCCCUCAUCGUUCCCACUCAGAUGGGUUUAUUGGUUUACGAGCCUGUUACAUCCAGUCUUCCAGCGGAUAUCAUCACCCCCAUACUUGAACAGCUUGCCGAUCGAAGGGAUCUUGGUCGAUGUGCGCUGGUGAACUCCGUCUUUCACCGAGCAGCAAUUCCAUUGUUGUACCGAACGUUGGAUGUGAAGACGAAGAGACAGGGCUAUGAAUCCUUCAUAAUCGUUCAUCCCUCAAAAACGCUACUAAGAAGGCCAGAAUAUGCCAAAUACGUUCGAUAUGUACGAGAAACAGCUACAGUGGGGUUCUAUGAACCCAAGCUCAUAUCGGACUGCAGGAAGGCCCUGCGUAUGUGCAUUAACCUGCGUUCCUUCACUUGGGUAGACGACGCUCAUGAUACUAUUAACGACGACAACUUCCUCGCGUACCUUUCGAUCUUGCGAAGUCUUCCUCGUGUCAUCGAGCUGAUCAUACGUACAUCAGCCGGUAUUUCAGAUGAAGUGUGGUCAAAAUUGACCGAGUUCACUGGUCUCCACAAAAUCGCGAUAUGGUGCUUACAUGGCAAAGCUCGCGUUCUUCAAGGUUGGUCGGAGCAACUGGGCAGCUCGCUCACCCAUUUGGAAUUGGGCCGAUGUGCAGGUUCUGCUACCGUCCUCGUUUUAGUCCUUUCCCAUCUUCCAGGACUCAAGACCCUUCGACUCAAGGGUGCACCGAGUAAUUCUAUUCCGGAGAUCUUGUCCGUGCUGCCGAAUCUCGUUUCGCUCGAUACGGAGUACCUUGGGGCUGGCAGGAUCUUCAAUGAUGAUCAACCGGCAGCUUCGUUGCGGGAGCUCACGGUUCGCACGAGUUCCGUCGACUUACAGGGUCCUCCCAAUUUAUGGCCUUGGAUCGCAAGCUUAAUUCCUAGACCAUCCCUGGAGACACUAAAGCUCCACACGUUCUCGACACAAGGCGACAUGUCGAUGCCUCGAAUGUUCUUGCUAGAUCUUGCGAAGACCCACAAACACACUUUGAAGCACUUCAAUGUGAACUCCGUUCAAUUGACUCUGCAGGAUAUCGAAUGUCUGUGCACCAUGUUCCCGAACCUCGAAACUGUGUCCUGCUCUCUUGCAUGGUGCAAGGAUCAUAAUGAUAUCAAGAACGCGAUUGCAAACGGACACAAUCUUCGUAGCCUCCAGCUGAGCGUACAUUGGGGCCGUGGGUCUUUCGCGGUACGAAGCAGGUUCAACGAUGAAGAAGCAAAGGAGUGGAUGCUGCGAGAAAACUCUCGGCUGAGGCAGGUUGGCUUAGGCGAUACUCUUUAUAUUGGAAAAUGGGUCCGAAAACCCACGACUGAUGGUAAGACGACAACCCUAGAGUUUGAGGUGUUGCGCGACGUGGUGCAAGAUUCCUGGAUUUGAUCUUAAUUCGUAAAGUGUAUACCUUGUCUUGAAUCUUUAUCCAUGGAUCUAUGUAUUUAUAUCCACGUUCUAGUUGGGUUUGGAAUAUCAUACACGGAUGGUUUAUUGGAUUUCAGAGACGUACUGCGAUAGCGGCGUGGAACGACAGCGAGAACCACGCUCACGGACUUCAUGGUAUCAGCUUGCAACAGCAAUGUCAUAUGACGAAUCUUAAGGAUAAAAGAAGUAUUUCCUGUCCCUCGGGAGCCAUCACAAAGAGUGGGUGCAUCUGUUCGAAACAUAUGAUACUAUAA